UCUGACACCAGAGAUGUCACUGCUGCUGCUGCUGCUGGUGCCCCUGGUGUGGACAGGGCCCCUGGCUCAGGAUGGGAGAUUCCGGCUACAAGUGAAGUCUGUGACGGUGCAGGAGGGGCUGUGCGUCCAUGUGCCCUGCACUGUCACCUACCCCCCGAUCAAUUACACUAACACUGACCCAGCUUACGGCUACUGGUUCCAAGAAACAGAUCAUCCAGCCCUGGUUGCUCCUGUGGCCACAAACAAACCAAAUCGUACAGUGCUGGAGGAGACCCAGGGCAGAUUCCACCUCCUUGGGGAUCCCCGGACCCACAACUGCUCCCUGGACAUCACAGACACCAUGGGGAGGGACAAUGGGAAAUAUUUCUUUAGGGUGGAGAGAGGGUCUUUUGUCAAAUAUAAUUACAAAGAGAACCUACUUUCUGUGCAUGUGACGGCUCUGACACAGACACCUGACAUCCACAUCCAGGGGACCCUAGAAUCUGGCCACCCCAAGACCAUUACCUGUGCAGUGCCAUGGGCCUGUGAAAGGGGGACACCCCCCACCUUCUUCUGGAUCGGGGUCGCCCUCACCGCCCUGGGCCCCAAGACUCUCCACUCCUCGGUGCUCACCCUCACCCCGCGGCCCCAGGACCACGGCACCAACCUCACCUGUCGAGUGACCUUCCCCAGAGCUGAUGUGAGCACAGAGAGGACCAUCCAGCUCAAUGUGUCCUAUGCGCCCCAGAACCUGACCAUCAGCGUGUUCCAGAAAGAAGGCACAGCUUUCUUGCCAGGACCCAAACCUCUGGGCAACGGCUCCUCUCUUCCAGUCCAGGAGGGCCAGUCCCUGCGCCUGGUCUGUGUUGCCGACAGCAACCCUCCUGCCAUGAUGAGCUGGACCAAGGGGAGCCUGCCUCUGAGCCCCUCCUCACCUUCAAACCCUGGGGUCCUGGAGCUGCCCCGGGUGGAGCUGGGGCACCACGGGAAAUACGUCUGCCGAGCUCAGCACCUGUUGGGCUCCCUGGAAGCCGCCCUGAGCCUCUUUGUGACCAAGCCCCCACAGCUGCUCGGACCCUCCUGCUCCUGGGAGGACGAGUGUCUGCACUGCAGAUGCUCUGCACAAGCCCAGCCGACCCCCUCCCUGUACUGGCGGCUGGGGGAAGAACUGGUGAUGGGGAACCACAGCAACACCUCCCUCACCGUCACCUCCAGCUCCACCGGACCUUGGGCCAACAGCUUCCUGAGCCUCAGUGGGGGGCUCUACUCCAGCCUCAGACUCAGCUGUGAGGCCAGAAAUGCCCAUGGGAACCAGAGCGCCACUGUCCUGCUGCUACCAGGGAGACCAGGACCCAGGACAGAUGGCAUUGUGGGGGCCAUCAGGGGAGCUGGUGUCACAGCCCUGCUCACUCUCUGCCUCUGCCUCAUCUUCUUCCUAGUGAAGAUCUACAGGAAGAAAUCAGCAGAGAAGGCAGCGAGCAGGGAUGGUGUCCAUCCUGCAUCGAGUACCGUGUCCUCGGGUCACCUGCAUGAAUCCAAGUCAGAUAGUCCCUUGGACCACCCGACCACAGCUGCUCCCGCCUCCACCUCAGAGGAGGAGCAGGAACUCCAUUACGCUUCCCUCAGUUUCCAGAGGAUGACAUCACGUGACAUUCAGGAGCAGGAGACCACAGAGUACUCAGAAAUCAAGGUCCGGAUAUGAUGACCCUCUCCUCAACCACCCUCAGCUGAAUGGAGCCCAGAAAAGGCAUUUCUGAGGAAGAUGUGUGUCAGGCACCAAUUCUUGAAGAGUUGACAGCCCUCUGAGCCAAAGCUUAUAAAUGGGAAUGUGAGGCUCCUUGGAGUGGCUGAAGGUCACAGAGAUUCCUGGGUUCAAACCCAGGCUCAGCUACUUACUAAGGGUGUUAGAUCAGGCAGUCACUUCACACAACUCUCUGUGCCUUAGUUUCCUCCUCUGUAAAGUGGGGGAUAAUAUUCAUGAGGUACAUUGUUAAAUGGGAAAAAAUGCACCACUGGAAUUGUUAAGUACAUCAUGUGUUACAUUUCCCUCAGGAUGGAGGGAGAUGGAGAGCUUGUGGCUCUACCAAGUACCUCUAUUUUGCUUUACUAUUUUUAGGAAAAUGUAUUAUUUUAUUUUUCAUUUUUCCUUUUUUUUA